AGAAGGUUGUGCUAUCGCGAGAACUCUGCCUUUCGGCCCUCAGCGUGUGUCAGGCGGCGUCUUUGCACCGAAGGUCCCGUCGGAUCGUCCGGAGUCGCGUUUGUAGUCGGAACAGUGAAAAUGAGUACCUCACAGGACCAGAAUGGCUUCCGUAAGAGAGAACCCCUUCUGAGGUGUCGUGAUGCACAGAGGGACUUGGAGCUUGCCAUUGGUGGAGUUCUCCGGGCUGAACAGCAAAUUAAAGAUAACUUGCGAGAGAUCAAAGCCCAGAUUCACAGCUGCAUAAGCCGUCACUUGGAAUGCCUUCGAAGCCGGGAGGUGUGGUUGUAUGAACAGGUAGAUCUCAUCUAUCAGCUUAAAGAGGAGACACUUCAGCAGCAGGCCCAGCAGCUCUACUGGUUACUGGGCCAGUUCAAUUGUCUUAUUCAUCAACUGGAGUGCACCCAAAACAAAGAUCUAGCCAAUCAAGUGUCCGUGUGCCUGGAGAGACUGGGCAAUUUGACCCUCAAACCUGAAGAUUCGACUGUCCUACUCUUUGAAGCAGACACAACUGCUCUGCGCCAGGCCAUCACCACGUUUGGGUCCCUCAAGACCAUCCAAAUUCCUGAGCAGUUGAUGGCUCAUGCUAGCUCAUCCAAUAUUGGGCCCUUCAUGGAGAAAAGAGGAUUUAUCCCAUUGCUAGAGCAGCAGAAGUCAGCAUCCAGCACCACAGCUGUCCCUCUCAGUGAAUGGCUCCUUGGAAGCAAACCAACCAAUGGUCAUCCAGCUCCUUACACACCCAGCACCAAUCUCCAGGACUGGCUCACCCAAAAGCAGACCUUUGAGAGUAGUCAGACUUCCUCCAGAACCUGCAGUGUCUUUAGUAAUGUCUGGGGCAACCUAAAGGGCUUGGAAAACUGGCUCCACAAGAGCCAACAAGAAGUUGUUCCUGAAAAACCAAAUUACGAAAAGGGUAACAGCUGUUCUACCACCAGUUCAUGCUCCAUUGAUACUGACAAGGUUGAAGAUCCAGAGCUUCUUGAUCAAGAUGAGAUGAGUCUUUCUGAUUGGCUGUUGACUGACCAGGACUCUCCAAAGCUGGAGAAGCCUGGGAAUGGCAGCUGUGAAACCAGUGAGAAGUUUAAGCGCCUGUUCCAGGUGUUCCAUGAGUCCUACAAUGUGAAUGAUUGGCUUGUCAAGUCCGAUUCCUGUACCAAUUGUCGGGGCAACCAGCCCAAAGGUGUGGAGAUUGAAAACCUGGGCAAUCUGAAGUGCCUGAAUGACCACAGUGAGGCCAAGAAAACCUUGUCCACUCCCAGCAUGGUUAUUGAGGAUUGGCUUGUCCGGAACCAUCAGGACCCAUAUAAAGUAGAGGAGGUCUGCAAAGCCAAUGAGCCCUGUACAAGCUUUGCAGAGUGUGUGUGUGAUGAAAAUUGUGAGAAGGAAGCCAUGUCUAAGUGGCUGCUGGAGAAAGAAGGAAAGGAUAAAAAUGGUAUGCCUGCGGAACCAAAAUUUGAAUCAGAGAAGCAUCCAGAUUCCCUGAAUAUGUGGCUCUGUCCUUCCAGGAGAGAGGCAGCAGAACAAGCUAAAAUAUCAAAGGCAAUGGCUGCUUCCAAAAUUGCUGAUUCCUUCAAAAUGAUAAGGAACAGUUCCUUGUCAGAGUGGCUCAUCAUACCCUCAUGCAAAGAAGCACAUCCCAAAGAUAGAGCUGGCAAACAAAAGCUUAUGAGUCCGGUGGCCACUUCCUGGUGUCCCUUUAAUACAGCUGACUGGGUCUUGCCAGGAAAGAAGACAGGAAACCUCAGCCAGUUAUCCUCAGGAGAAGACAAGUGGCUACUACGAAAGAAGGCCAAGGAAGUAUUACUUAAUUCACCCCUGCAGGAGGAACAUAACUUCCUCCCAGAACAUAAUUAUGCCCUCCCAGCAGUUUGUGAUCUCUUUGCCUGUAUGCAGCUUAAAGUUGAUAAAGAAAAGUGGCUAUAUCGAACUCCUCUACAGAUGUGAAGGAAUGGAGUACUAGAAUCAAGCAACUUUUCUGCAAAUCAUCACAUUUCCAUGAGCCGAGUGACUGCAGCUUGCCAAAUCAUUGUGUUUCUGGGUGUGACCAGCCAGUUUAGUUCCUUUCCUGCCUACUUUUGAACUAGUGAAGAGAAAUGUCAUCACUUAUGAAUUACUGUGUAAAAGAAAAAGGCUGUUUGUUGAUGCUGAGGUGAUUCAGUUUCUUCUUACAAUUCACCCCUACACUAGAAAGAAACACAGUAUCUUGGUGGAUAUUUCUUUCACAAGUCUCCAUGGCUCCUUAGAUUGUGUUGUUUUUAGUAUAUUCAAACUGUCGUUUUAAAAA